UUUAUUACAGAACCUCUUCCUUUUAUACUCUCCCGGGAGCGAGAGUACCGCCCACACAUUCCAGAAGAAAACCGUUACAGUUGCUAGGCAACAGAUCAGACCCCCAGCUGAACUAGCCCGUUGCUAUGGGCGACGGCACGUCCACACGGCUCGGGUGAAUCACAGGUCAACAUGGCUGCGCUCUCCAUACUGAGGAAGGACAAAGUUAAACUAUAAUCCUCCAAAAGAUGAUGGAUCCACUUAUAAGAUUGAACUUGAAGGGAUAUCGGUGAUGGUUAUGAGAGAGAUCCUGGAUUACAUCUUCAGUGGGCAGAUCAGGCUGAAUGAAGAUACGAUCCAGGACGUGGUGCAGGCGGCAGACCUGCUGCUGCUCACGGACCUCAAGGCUCUGUGCUGUGAGUUCCUAGAGGGCUGCAUUGCCGCGGAGAACUGCAUCGGCAUCCGGGACUUUGCCCUGCACUACUGCCUGCACCACGUCCACUACCUGGCCACCGAGUACCUGGAGACUCACUUCCGGGACGUCAGCAGCACCGAGGAAUUCCUGGAGCUGAGUCCUCAGAAGCUCAAAGAAGUGAUUUCUCUUGAGAAGUUGAAUGUUGGCAAUGAAAGAUAUGUGUUUGAAGCAGUAAUCCGAUGGAUAGCGCACGACACAGAAGUCAGAAAGGCCCACAUGAAGGACGUCAUGUCGGCACUGUGGGUCUCCGGGCUGGACUCCAGCUACUUACGGGAACAGAUGCUGAACGAACCGUUGGUACGAGAAAUCGUCAAAGAGUGCAGCAAUAUCCCGCUCAGCCAGCCGCAGCAGGGAGAGGCCAUGCUGGCGAGCUUUAAGCCGCGGGGCUACUCCGAAUGCAUCGUGACUGUCGGUGGGGAGGAAAGAGUCUCCCGGAAACCCACGGCAGCGAUGCGGUGCAUGUGCCCCCUCUAUGACCCUAAUCGGCAGCUUUGGAUCGAACUGGCGCCUCUGAGCAUGCCCAGAAUCAACCACGGCGUUCUCUCGGCAGAAGGAUUUUUGUUUGUAUUCGGGGGCCAAGAUGAAAAUAAGCAGACGCUGAGCUCGGGAGAGAAGUACGAUCCAGAUGCAAAUAUGUGGACUGCGCUGCCACCCAUGAAUGAGGCAAGACACAACUUCGGCAUUGUGGAAAUAGACGGAACGCUGUACAUUUUGGGAGGGGAGGAUGGGGACAAGGAGCUGAUCUCCAUGGAAUGUUACGACAUCUAUUCUAAAACCUGGACGAAGCAACCUGAUUUGACCAUGGUUAGAAAGAUUGGCUGUUAUGCAGCUAUGAAAAAGAAAAUCUACGCCAUGGGUGGAGGGUCCUAUGGAAAGCUGUUUGAGUCCGUGGAGUGUUACGACCCCAGGACCCAGCAGUGGACUGCCAUCUGCCCCCUGAAAGAGAGGAGGUUUGGCGCUGUGGCCUGCGGGGUUGCCAUGGAGCUGUACGUGUUCGGAGGCGUCCGAAGUCGUGAGGAUAUCCAGGUUAACGAGAUGGUCACCUGCAAGUCAGAAUUCUACCACGAUGAGUUUAAAAGGUGGAUCUACCUUAAUGACCAGAACUUGUGCAUCCCUGCCAGCUCCUCGUUUGUUUAUGGGGCCGUGCCCAUUGGAGCCAGUAUUUAUGUCAUCGGAGACCUCGAUACAGGUACGAACUACGACUACGUGCGUGAGUUUAAAAGAAGCACAGGGACCUGGCACCACACCAAGCCGCUCCUUCCGUCUGACCUGCGCCGCACCGGCUGUGCAGCUUUGCGAAUCGCAAAUUGCAAGCUCUUCCGCCUGCAGCUUCAGCAAGGCUUAUUCCGCAUCCGUGUGCACUCGCCUUGAAGAGGAAGCGGGGCAGGACCUGCAACCCUGUGCCCAGCACGCCAUCACGUAGCGGGAUGUGACGGAGACCCGAGGUGCAGCCGAAACCUGCUCUGUGUGCCGGGCUUUGGGGUGGUAACUGCGGUGAGGCUUGAGCUUCUGCUCUGCUGGGAGACCGAGUGACUUCAAACACUGCCUAGAGGAAGCGGGGCCUCGGGUCGGCUGGGUCCACGGACCAUGGUGGGUAAUGAUGGUCCGAGGAGGGAGUGGGACUGGGGAUGUGAGUGGCAAAGCUAAAACCUACUGGCGGGAGCUCAUAUCUGACUGCUUUGGAAAAGAAGCAAAACAACCCGUAUAUGCAAUCCAACAUAUCCAGACAUACCGAGAUUGCUUUUCUACUGCACUUGGAAUUAGGCCUUCAUUAUGCCUAAGCCCUCCCGGUGAAGUCAAGUCUGUGCCUAAAAUGUUAGAUUGGACUCUAUGCCAGUUAGUCUAUUACUAGUACUCUGUCCCAAGAACUUUUUUUGAACUGUUAUGAUGAACUGACACUAAGGUAAAAUCUCUUCUACAAUGUUCUAUCUCAGCAAUGUAAAGAUUUGGUGAAUUCGUGAGUCAGGUCGCAGCCUUCGCGUGCACUGACAGGAAGUCGCUAGCCUGUCGGUCGCCUUCGAUGGAGACAUGUGGCGCUGUAACUUCGGGGCGGGUCUUUCGGAGCUGUGAAGGAGCUCGUGUACCACUGUUCUUCCUUUUACACGAGGGAGGAUAUUCGAGGGUAGGAGAUUUUAUAAAAGAAACACCUGAGUUAGACGAGUAAUCAAAGUCUACUGACUUUAAAAAAAAAUCUGUCCAGAGCAAAUGCGUAGGGAUCAAACCUUUUUAAAUAUAAUCUGAAAGCACACAAAGUCUUGAUUAUUACUGUCUAGGAUUUGAGAACCUGUUUUAGAAUGGGAGUCUGUGUUAAAAAGCUAGUCUCUGUAAUGGAAUGUGCCCAAUCCCGUUCACUGGUGUUUUAGACAAAUUAUGGGUAGCGUUUGGCUGGUAGAAUAAACUACCUCAACUUAAUUUCAUUCUGUUCUUAUAGCAAAUUCCUCUUCCUCUCUCCCUCCUUUCCUGUUGCUCAUUCCUA